AUGUAUAUUGCGAGGGAAACAUGUACGUUCGAAUUAAAUGCUACGGAGUAUAAUAUAAUUGAUAUAGAAAAAUGCGAACAAGGUAUUGACAUGACCAACUCCCUGCUUAUAAUGAAUGUUUCAGCUUAUUCAUUCAUUGACAGUUCCCUUAAUAUAUUUGAUGGCAUUGUAAAAGUAUAUUUAACGUUUCUAAAUGCUACAGAUGUACCUGAACUGGACAUCAUGCCUGGAAUGCUUUAUUCUGUUAAUCAAAAUGGAGAAAAGGUUCAUAUUACUUCUAUUGGAGCUUUUCGGUUAGCCUUUUAUGACACUGCACUUAAUGUUUUGAAAAUUGGUAAACAAAUUAGCUUUGUUUCAAAGGAAACGAUCGAACCGCCGGUAAAUUUAUUUGCUCUACAAACAUCGAACGGACUUUGGUUUCCAGUAAGUGAUGAAUUACCUGCUCAGUUAAAUGAACUUGAUUUUAAAUCAUACAUAAACAUUGGAACAUACAUACAUUUAAAAAAGGAAUGUUUUUUCAAUAUCCGCAUUUAUGAAGAUUAUAAUCAUUUAUCUGAAAUAACAAACAGCAAAUAUCAAUUGUUUAUCCAAGCAUUGCAUAUUGAUGGCCAUCAAGCAUUUGAAACAUACGGCCAUACAUUUAGUACAAGUAGGACAUGUUUUAAAACGAUCUGCGAUGAAACGAAUGGUUUUAUUGAAGUCUGGAUAAGUAAUUUUGAGAAAAACACAGCUGAAUACCUUUUGCCUGCAUACCAAUCUGAUAACACAAAAAUAGGAUUAUCUUUUGCACAACAACAAUUAAUCAGCUAUUCCGCAAGUUCAUCUGAUCCUCAUUUAGAAUUAAAAUUCAAAAUAAGUUCAAAUGGACCAUUUUUUGAAACUCAUCAUUCUUGUAUCACAAAUACACAAGAUGGAAACCAUUUUAAAUUUCAUUUCCAGAAUACUUUAGAAGAUGUUUACACAUUUAGACAUUUCAAUGAUUUAAGCUCAUAUGACGCAAACGCUGUUAAAGUAGUGAGUCAAAGGGUCUGGUAUCCAAAAAGACAAGAGGGACAUCGAGUAUGUUUUGUGAAGAUUAAGUCUAUACUUAAUACACAUAAAAACAUAAAAGUUCGUGUGACUUCGUAUGGGGGAACAAACAAAAACAUAUCAAAUGAAAUAUUAGGUAUCAGGGAAACGCAUAUGUCAAAUUCAUCGUCUGUCUGUUUGGAGUAUAAAUGCAGCGGAACAUUUAACGAAGAGCACUCUAAUAAUGAUUUUGAUAAUACAAAAGUAGAAAUUCAAUAUAUAAGUUCAAUACCAACUGCAUGUGCUAUUGAAAGCUAUAGUGAAGAACUUAUAAGCAAGUUUUCUGAGAUAAAUCCGGAACCACAAAACGAAGCAAUAUUUGUAUUUUAUGCUCCUACUGCAAGCUCACCAAGCCUUGGUAUAUACUCAGCAACAACAUCAAGUGAAGAUAUCGAAUCAGCUCGGAGCACGGCUAAAAAAGAAUGUCAGUCUGGAAUUCCAAUGGACAUAUCUUCGGAUAAUCCUGACAUUGGAACAGCUGUGACAUUUUCAUGUACAUUUAAUUGA